AUGAGCAAACCACCAAUAUCCGUUCAAAUAAAACAAAUAUUCAUUCCAUUUAUACCUAAUCCUACAAAACAAUUAUAUCAAGUAAACUCAUCUCCUCCCGCACUCAAAUUAAACGAACCGACUAUUUCACUACUCAACGGCGAUUUUAAUCGUCACCAUUCACCAACAAUUAGUGAUUCUGGUGGCGGUUCUGACGAUCAAUCAACAACAACAGCAAGGGAAAACGGCUGUGUUAAGCGUUCAAGUUCUCAAGUCCGUAAACGAAAAUCACGUAAACGUUAUCCAUCAAAACCAUUACUAAAUAGUUUAACAUUAGAUGAUUUAUUUCGAGCAUUAACCAUCGAAUGUGAGCAAAGUUUAAAUAAAUAUUCCACAGCACCGUCGUUUGAUAACAAACUGUACGAUAACAUGCCCAACUCCAAUUCACUAGCAAAUUCUCUAAGUCAUGAUGAAGAUUAUGAUAGUUUAACUAAUCGGUCAUCAGUAACAAAUAGUAAACCAUUGGAAAUAACAACAAAAGUUAGUCCACAACGUGUAGUCUCCUUAUCGGUAUCAUCGUCAAAUGCGCGACCCAUACGUGAAUUAGUUACAUCCACUUAUCGAAUAAAUGAUGACGUAAGUACCACGUCACUAUUGAAAAAACCAUCGGUUAUUCAACAUCCAGUUGUAAUAAACUCAAAAGAUGACACACUUAUCAUUUCAAAAACUUAUCCACUAUUAACUAUGACAAAUUUUAGUAAAUUAUCUGACAAUACUAAUUCACUAACAUCAUCGUCUCAUCGAAAAAUAAAAGGUGAUACAACAGCAUUUUCAAAUAUUUUAUGUACAAAUAGUAAAUCGAGCGAAGAUGAUUUAUCGAUGAACAAAAUAAAUAAACAACGACAACGACGAAUACCUCGCACUCGAAAACAACGCCGUAUCAUCCGUUCAAAUGAAAAUUCUUUGAUAUCUAACAAUGGUACUCUAAAUUCAUCGUCAAGUGAUUCAGAUGACGGAAAACCAAAUCAUCAUCCACCACCAUUCUCUCGUCGUUCAUUAAGUACAAAUAAUUAUAGUUCUAUGCUCAAUAAUCGUACACAAAUCUUUCCUCAAUCAUUUUCUAAUCGUCGACUGAGUAUAUACGAUAAUAAUCACUCGUAUGGAAUCACACACACUGAAAUAGCUCCACCACUACCACCAAGAAGAAAACGCGAUACAUCAUUACAACUACAGCAUUCAACAACAUCUCGUUCACCGUAUGCGUAUAACAGUACUUCAUUGAGAGAACACGUUGGUCUACCAUUGAGUUUUUUAUUGACAACAAAUAUCGAGGAACCACUUCCCGCUUACAGCAAUAACAAUAAUAACAAGAGCGCUUUUGUUGAUAAACGUCGUCGUUCGAGACGAGAUCGCAGCAGGGAUAAAAUUCAAAAUAGUUUGUCAAAUAUUAAUAUAGUGGAUAGAAGACAUAAAAGUUGUUAUGAACAACAGCAACAAUCAUCGCACUAUUCAAAGAGGCAACAAAAAGAAAAAAUUCCUUUGUACAUUGCCAGUUAG